AUGUCGUCGUCUGCACCAGCAAAAAAUAUCGAGUCGGGCUCAUCUAAUUUCUGGAUUGAUUUCCUUAUGGGUGGUGUCUCUGCCGCCGUCGCUAAGACCGCUGCCGCUCCAAUUGAGAGAGUUAAGUUGUUGAUUCAAAAUCAGGAUGAGAUGAUCAAACAAGGCAGAUUGGCUAAGAGAUAUGACGGUAUUACUGAGUGCUUCAAGAGAACUGCUCAAGAGGAAGGUAUUAUCUCCUUCUGGAGAGGUAACACUGCCAAUGUUAUCAGAUACUUCCCAACCCAGGCUUUGAACUUUGCCUUCAGGGACAAGUUCAAGAGAAUGUUUGGUUUCAAGAAGGAUGAAGGUUAUUGGAAGUGGUUUGGUGGUAACUUGGCCUCUGGUGCUGCCGCUGGUGCCACUGGUUUGCUAUUUGUCUACUCUUUGGACUAUGCAAGAACUAGAUUGGCUAAUGAUGCCAAGGCUUCUAAUGGUGGUGGUGAGAGAGAAUUCAAUGGUUUGAUUGAUGUCUACAGAAAGACUUUGAAGUCUGACGGUAUUGCCGGUUUGUACAGGGGUUUCGUUCCUUCCGUUGCCGGUAUUAUCGUUUACAGAGGUUUGUACUUUGGUUUGUACGAUUCCAUCAAGCCUGUCAUCCUUAUCGGUUCUUUGUCUACUUCUUUCUUGGCCUCUUUCUUGUUGGGUUGGGUCGUUACUACUACUGCUUCUACCAUUUCUUAUCCUGUCGAUACUGUCAGAAGAAGAAUGAUGAUGACCUCUGGUCAGGCCGUCAAGUACAAUGGUGCAAUGGACUGCUGUCGCCAGAUUGUUGCCAAGGAAGGUGUCAAGUCUUUGUUCAAGGGUUGCGGUGCUAACAUCUUGAGAGGUGUCGCCGGUGCCGGUGUCAUAUCUUUAUACGACCAGUUACAGUUGAUCAUGUUUGGUAAGAAGUUCAAGAAAUGA